CUGGCGCCCCUCUCCUGGCAGUCACCGCACGGCGACUCGGAGCCCUCAGCUCGCCGCGGAGGCGGCGGGAGCACGGAGCCCAGAGCCCCCGGGGAGAGGCGGAGGUUCCCCGGCCUGGGCAGCGAGAGGGACGGUGUAUGCGCUUUGGAGCCAGCGUUGCAACAGUGCAGACCCCCUCCCCGCCCCUCCCCCCCAGCCUUAGCCAGAACCCCGAUCGCUGCUAGCCAGGUGCCCCGGAGCACGCGCGCCACAGCCAUGAACACCAACGAUGCCAAGGAGUAUCUGGCCCGGAGGGAAAUCCCUCAGCUUUUCGAGAGCCUUUUGAAUGGACUGAUGUGUUGUAAGCCUGAAGACCCAGUGGAAUACUUGGAAAGCUGUUUGCAGAAAGUAAAGGAAAUGGGUGGCUGUGAUAAGGUGAAGUGGGAUACAUUUGUCAGCCAGGAAAAGAAGACUUUACCUCCAUUAAAUGGAAGCCAGUCACGGAGAUCCUUUUUAAGAAAUGUAAUGCCUGAAAAUUCGAACUUUCCCUAUCGACGGUAUGAUCGGCUCCCUCCAAUCCACCAGUUCUCCAUUGAGAGUGACACCGAUCUCUCCGAGACUGCAGAGUUGAUUGAAGAGUACGAGGUUUUUGAUCCUACUAGACCUCGACCAAAAAUCAUUCUUGUUAUAGGCGGUCCAGGAAGCGGAAAGGGUACACAAAGUUUGAAAAUUGCCGAACGUUAUGGAUUUCAGUACAUUUCAGUGGGAGAGUUAUUGAGAAAGAAGAUCCACAGUACCAGCAGCAACAGGAAAUGGAGUCUUAUUGCCAAGAUCAUUACAAAUGGAGAAUUGGCCCCACAGGAAACAACAAUUACAGAGAUAAAACAAAAACUGAUGCAAAUACCCGAUGAAGAGGGCAUUGUUAUUGAUGGAUUUCCAAGAGAUGUUGCCCAGGCCCUAUCUUUUGAAGACCAAAUCUGUACUCCUGACUUGGUUGUUUUCCUGGCUUGCGCCAACCAGAGGCUCAAAGAAAGAUUACUGAAACGUGCAGAACAACAAGGGAGGCCUGAUGACAAUCUAAAAGCUACCCAAAGGAGACUAAUGAACUUCAAGCAAAACGCUGCUCCAUUGGUUAAAUACUUCCAGGAAAAGGGGCUCAUCAUGACAUUUGAUGCCGACCGAAAUGAGGAUGAGGUGUUCUGUGACAUCAGUAUGGCAGUUGACAACAAGUUAUUUCCAAACAAAGACGCAGCAGCAGGUUCAACUGACAUUGAUCCAUUGAUGGUAUUGGAUGCUGGAGAGAUCAUCGAUGUAGGAUCUGAUUAUGAAGAUCAGAGUGAUGACCAGUUAAAUUUAUUUGGAGAAGAUUCCAUGGGAGGCUUUGUGGAAGAUUUGAGAAAACAUAAAAUUAUUUUCAUGAUGGGUGGCCCUGGCUCUGGCAAAGGCACACAGUGUGAGAAGCUGGUGGAAAAAUACGGAUUUACUCAUCUCUCCACCGGUGAGCUCCUGCGUAAAGAACUGGCCUCCGAAUCUGAAAGAAGCAAACUGAUCCGAGAUAUCGUGGAACGUGGAGAGCUGGUACCCACGGGCAUCAUUCUGGAGCUCCUGAAGGAGGCCAUGGUGGCCAGCCUCAGCAACACUCAGGGCUUCCUGAUCAACGGCUACCCUCGGGAAGUGAAGCAAGGCGAAGAGUUCCAACGCAAGAUUGGAGACCCACACUUGGUGAUCUGCAUGGAUUGCUCAGCAGACACCAUGACCAACCGCCUUCUCCAAAGGAAACAGAGCAGCCCGUGCCUGGAGGACACCACCAAGAACAUCACCAAGCGCCUGGAAACCUACUACCGAGCGUCCAUUCCUGUGAUGGCCUACUAUGAGGCAAAAACACAGCUGCGGAAGAUAAAUGCAGAAGGAACACCAGAAGAAGUUUUUCUUCAACUCUGCACAGCUAUUGACUCUAUUUUCUGAAAGCAACAAUGAAUGUAUGCUCAGAUUGGAGAUAUACACUCAAAAGUUCACCCCUUAAAGAGUUUCAAGUUAAGCCUUCUGUGUCUCCAUACAUCUUGACGUGGCUGUGUGCUUCCAGCCAGUCUGUGUGAGCGCUGUCUGGAAAUCAUGCAUGGGGUUCUUGGGACUGUCUACUUUUCCUUAUACUUUCUAUCAUGUAAGUCACACCUCAGUGAGGUCAGUAUGUGAACAACCAUGCAACAAUGUCAGUCUGUAUCAGUUUUUCCCCCAGACCUUGCUGGAGGCUGAUCAUCCGGUUCUAUUCUUACCAGCAUCCCUAACAUCUAUCACAUCUGUCCUAACCCCAAGAUAUGUCUGGUCUUUCCUGGAGGUCAACAUGGGAGCAGGCUUGGGCAUCCUCCUUUGGAGGCUGACUGCUUCUUCAGUUUGUAUCCACAAGAGGUUAGAGCCAA